GGUUGCUGGCGAGCGGUUUGCUGGUGCUGCUGCUGCGGCUGCGCGGGACGUCGCCGGGCGAGCUGGAGCGCGGGCUGUCGUCUCGAUGCAGCCAUCGUGCCAGUCCCAAUCGCUGCCACAUGCUCAGUUUCGGCGGAGGCGACGGGGGAGCCUUCUCAGGCUCGGGGAACAAACCGAAGAAGGAGCGCGACGGGCUGCCGGACGAGCUGGCGACGGAGAUGGCCAUGUGUCACUGUCCCGGAGGAGGAGAUCGGGCUGAAACGCGUCGACAGGCGCGAGAAGGGGACCUGGACAGCCGGCGAGACGGAGGAGAGACGUCCAUAUGAGAGCUGGCAGGCCGUCGGAGAGCCGCUCGCCGAAGGGUCACCCCUUGGCCCCAACCAGGACACCGCAGAGGCGCGAAGGGGG